GUAUAUACUAUCCUCUUUAGCUUGAACAAAAAAAUAUCACAAUGUUUAACUAAUUUUUUAUUCUGUUUAUAUAUAUCAACAGUUUAUCAAGAUAUCCCGUCCGAAACUGAUAUCCUACUACAGAAGGUAUCGGACACUUUGUCUAACGUAUUACCAACUUCAUCAUCCCCGAUAUCAGAAUCGUUGUUGCCUCUCGGGAUAAGUUAUACAUCCACGCAAACAAACGUUGCCGCUACUCCCAAUGGUUCCGCAAUCAAGUUAGAAGAAUCUGUUGGGACAAAGGACGAGUCCAACGAGUUUUACACAUCAUGCAACAAUCUUUCAAUAGAAAACGCCUUGAGUGUCAGCACACCGAAUAUAACUACGGUGAACUCGCAGCAAGAUACUUCCGAUUACGUAUCAGCGAUGGGCGAGGACUUGUCGAUCAGUGACUGGGAAUAUCAGCUUCCGGCUCCGCCGAGUGCCUUCCGCGAUUCUCAUUCACCUACUUUUGAUGAUUAUGAUACAGUCAUGUUAGGAUCGGUGGAGGCUUUUAAGGAACCGGCAGUAAGCCCAGUUACAAAGAUGAUUGAUGUGACAGAUAAUAGCAAUAAGAACCUCAAAUCGAUAAAGAAUUUAUCGAACAACGUUGAAGUGAAUUGUGAUAAAAAAGCUUCAAAUGAAAAAAUGGACUUCGUAUCUGAAAUCGACAUUAAGCAAAUGAUGAACAAGCUUGUCGUUAAACAAAGGCUCACAGCUUCACAAAAGUCGGAGACUGAUUCGGACUUGCGAAAAGAGAUAAUCUCGGAAUUGGAGAACAAGAUAGAAACUAGUACAUUGGCGCCGACUAUUAAUAAAGAUUUCGAUCGAAGAAAUAUAGACAACUUAUCCGCACCAGAGCUAGCACCCGUGGACAACACUCUGUCUAACUUCACUAUUACUACUUACACCAAACAGAAGAGCUUGGACAUUUUUGACGAAUUUGAGGAAUCAAACGACUAUACGAGAAAUUCGGAAGAAAGAUUUAUCAAAACAUUUGCCACACUAUCAAGGAAUAAUGCCAAUACAUGUAAUCAUGAUAAGAAAAGUGAAACAAAGAAUACACAUAAUUUAAUUAAUAAUCUAUCGCAUAAGAAAACAAUAAAUAAAUCUGAAGAAUCAAAUCCAGGUUACACUGAUUAUAAGAUGGAGCCAAAGAUUCGCGAUCAGGGCGAGCUGUCCUACAAGAGACAGUCUCUCAACACGAUCAAUGAUAAAACUAAUAUUCAGCGAUCCAAGAGUUACAUAUCGAUGUCUAACAACAUUAAGUAUCACAAGGAAGAAAUUAAUACAAGAAAAUACGAGCCGCAAAUUGAGCCAAAGAUUACCGGUAUAAAAAAAGCUAUCAGCAUUAAUGAUUUGAAUGUUGAUACAUUAAAAGGUAAUGAAAAGUUUUCACAAUGGAGAGACAACAUACUAAAGAAUCAGGAAGAACCUACCAAAGAGAAGCAAUUACAAUCAUUGCAGGUGCUGAAGAGCAUUUUGCCGCAGUUGAAGAACGCUCAACAGGCGGAAGAAAAUGUGUCCAAAGAUCAUGAUAACGUGUUAUCAAUCCAAAGGACAAACAGAUACGAGGCUGAGUCCAACGAACAUUCGGUCAAAAUGAAUGUAGUUCCGACACGCGAAUCUCGGAAUUUUGAAUCGCAACCUAAACACUCGCUGAAAGAAGAAAGCACAAAACGUUACGUUUAUGCCGGUCCACCUGCGAUUAGUCUGGGCAGUUGGUCAGAAAGACCUAGCGUUAACGUCCAAAUCAAAAUGGACACUGAUUACAAACUGGGAAGAAGCAAUACGAUUAAUGGUAGUAAGACCAUCGUUAAUAUUAAUAAUACGAAAAACGAAAAGGAUAUUGCGAACUAUACCGACAAUAUUGAUAAGAUUGUUAAGCAUGAAUUUAGUAUCGAUUCUUUGGCAAAUAAAAAUCCCGAUGAAUUAAUCGCAAAAAAGUUAAUCACACAUACGACAGUGUCGAAUUUCAAGAUAUCGAAUGGAGGUAACACGUUUGAUUUGACGAAGAACGAAGAUAAACCUGUUGUAAUGGGGGUUGAGCUGAAGAGAAUCUCUGUCAAAACACCAAGGGAAAUGCUGAAAAGCGAUGAGAACGAAGUCGACAUCACACCGACAAAGACGUUCGGUCAAUAUGCAAAUUUUACACAGCAUCUUAAGCGCACCAAUAUUAAUAAAUACUCGGCGGAUUAUUGCAAUGCACAGCCGAAUGAGACAGAAAGAAUCACUAAUUCGAAUGUCAAGGAAAACGGUAAUGGCUGGGUUGCGAAGACAACCAAUCAAAACGACUUUUCGUUUAAAAAUCAGUCCGAGAUGCAUGGCGUUCAGCAGAAUUCACAGCCAAAAAGGUUUACAUCCGUCAUAGGCGUAAAUAGGAGGACAAGCCAGAAUCUUGGAUUGCAAAGUGAAAUGCCUUACAAGUGCAACGUCAACAAUGCUGUAAAAAUUAAUCCAUUGAUGCCCGUUGUAAAAGGAUUUAAAAUAUCCACCGCCGACUCUAAGACAAAUAAUAAUCAGAUAAAUCACAACGGACUAUCAGCGGUUGAUAGUUUCAAAAAUGUACAACCUCCUAAACCUCCAACAAUGCCAGUGAUAACAGGAGUGACGUUAAAAAACGCCAAUGCGAGGCCCAAGUCAAUCCAGUUAAAUCCUAGGGAUAUGCUAUUGGAGUCCAUACGGAACUUCGGUGGUCGUGAAAAGCUAAAAAGCACUACGGAGAGAUAUUAAUUACGUGCAGCCAUUAUACAUUUAGACAAUCUGAGCAGAAUGGGAAAUUUGUAGCCUUCAAGAUUUAUAAAUUUCUUCUAUUUCUUAUUAUAUUAAGAUCUUGUGUUAUAUUAAAAUCUAUAUCAUUUGUUUUCAAAUCGUUAAAAAUAUGAGAACAUUCCGAAGAUCUUUCUGUUUACGAGGGAUAUAUGCAAAUGGUUUUGAGAAAAAAUGUGCUUAACUCUAUAAUACUAUUAAAGGUUUUUUGAUGUGUGCUAAGAAAUUCAAUUCGAACUUUAUUUCUAUAUGUAAAAAUGUUACUAAUAUUCAACAUUAGAAUUAAAACUGAUCAUUAGAUCAGUAAAAUCAAGUAGAAUGAAAACCGUGCGUUAUCGCAAUCACGUUGUCUUUUAUCUAAACGCUCUUUUAUCUAAAAAGAAAUGGAUAUUUUAUAUAUCUAAUUGUAAGUAGAAAAUUAUAAUUUUGUGUAAUAUAAAAAAUAUUUAGAUAACACAAUUUCAGCUUGGAAAUAAAAGAAAUAUGUUUGUCAUGCAUUUGCAAUUCUAGUAUUAAUAUAAAUAUUAUUUACUUUUGUUUUGUAAUAGUAUUUUAGAGUUAAUGUGAAAGUAUUCAACAAUUACUUUAAAUGUGUAUUUAAGUGUUGAUUUGCCGCUAGGAAGUUACAUAAAGCGACAGAAUAUUUUCUGAAGCUCAUUUAUAGAUUCUUACUGGGAUAUCCGAGAGAAAAUAAUUUAUUCUUUUUGCUUUCAGUAUUUAAUGUGAGAAAAGUAAGAAAUAUAUGUUUGCAAUAUUAAUCAUUGAGAAUGGCUUAAUCAUUGUAAAUGGCUCGUUACGUCUUAUAUACAAUUUGCCAAGAUAUAUUCUUGAUAAUAUUGAUUAAACCGGAUUAAAAUCCGAUAAUAGCAUCACGUUAAUUGCGUGUAAAUAUGGUGUACAAAAAAUAUUACGCUAACUGAAACUUCCUGAAGAACGGAAGAUGUACAUAUAUUCACUACACAAGCGACAUUUGCUAGAUUACAGAAGAUGGAAAACUUUUACUUUAUUUACUUGAAUAGUCAUCAAUUCUCUUAAUAUUGCUCAUUUAUUAAUAAUCGCGGAAAAAACAGUGAAAAACAAAGAGAUUGUUUCUUUAGUUCGAUAGAACUGUUCGAUUCUAGCUUUGGUGCGAUGUAUACUAAUAAAAAAAAGAAAAAUAUUAAAUGCCAAAGUUAGGUGACAGUUGUCACUGAUUGGACAGAUCGAUACUAAUAAUAUUUGAUGUUAAGUACUAACACUAAUGCUAAUUUUCGCAAUUAACUGUAAGUUUCUAUCAACGGGACCAAAGGUGACAUCUUAUUUUUACAUAUUGUACAACGAAUUUAGAGUCGUAGAACAUUACUGCGCUAAAUACAAGAUAGUCUUUUAAAUCUGGUCAAUUGAGUUAUGUAUCGAAAACGAUUGGGCUUAAUAGACAUAGAUUUAUGUACAACGUUAUCUCUAAAACGUUGAAUGAUUUAUUUUCCUCCUAAACAUUAAUAUAAUGGAUAAUUGUAUUAUGGUGUAAGAUGUGAACAUGUACAUUUCUGAAUACAGAUUAGUUUUUGUUGGCAUUAAA